AUGUUAAGCUUUAUAGCUAAUGAAGUUGCUAUAGAUUUAAUUAUAGGACUAAAUCUUUCAAAUUCUCAAGAAGCUCUUCAAGUUACUUCUAAUAAUAAUACAAAAUUUACUAGUGCAAAUGCAACUUCUGUAUUUGCAGUUAAAAGAAAAAGCAAAAGAAUAUCAGUGGUUAGAUUAUAUUUUAUUAAAAAAAUAGAUGAUGAUGAAAUAGUUAUUUGUAUUAUUUAUAAAAAUCUAUUUAGCAAGAAAACAACUAUAGAAACUUUAUAUAAACACCUUGAUGCACAGCAUCCAAGUUGGAAUUUAAAUAAAAAAUACAAAAUUAUUUAA